AUGUCUUGCGGGAUCACCCUCAAAACAUGCUUUUUCAAACAAGAUCGUGUUGGCCUAGUGGCGUUGAUGCGGUCUCCUACCGAUAUCAUUCUUUUGGAUAAGACCAACAAUUCUUUGGAGGUGUCAUGGACAGCUCCAGAAAUUCGUGAAACGGGUCAUAGCGCUGUGAUUAAUCAGCAUUUGUUGAGUGUCUAUGAGUUUCUACCCGCCACUAAAAGCCUGACAAAGAAGUUUUCACUGAAUGUUCCUGUGCCAAUGAGCACAUAUGCUAUUGGACGACUUACUCCAGGAUCUGUUUAUAACAUCACAUUACAGGCUGGCACAAACUAUGGCUACGGCACUUUGGGCUGGGCAGUGUUCUCUACACUUUACCGGAACGAGGACGGAUUUAUCCUAAAGCAGCGAUUAAAAACUCCAAAUGCACUAACGUUAACAUGGCCAGCGCAAUGGUUGCCCUCGCCUACUUCUCGGUUUACGGUAGGAAUUUUGACAUUCGGUAAUCAGAUAGAUCUCUUGAGAGUAAUUUUUUUCUUGAAAUAAAG